CUAACUAUGCUCUACAUUCUAAUAGUUAUAGUGCUAACACUGGUGCUUUGGCACCUAUUCGUCAACUACCAUAAGGAUGCCAGGAUAUUCAGAAAGGUGCCGGGAACACCGGAUAGAUUCUUAUUCGGAAAUGCUUUGGAAGUAUAUGUGCCGCCAGACCAACUAUUUGAUGUCAGGAGAGCAUUGGCUAAAAAGUUCAAGGGUAUAUAUAGAAUCUACGUUUACCCGUUUAGAUUUUUAUCAAUUUACAAUCCAGAAGACAUAGAGAUUAUAUUGUCUGGUAUGAAAUUCCAUGAGAAGUCAUUUCUGUAUGAAUUUAUCCAGCCUUGGUUGGCAGAGGGACUCCUUCUUAGUAAAGGUGCAAAAUGGCAACAAAGGAGAAAGAUCUUAACGCCUGCCUUCCACUUUGAUAUUCUACGUCAGUUCCAUAUAACUAUGGAGGAGAACAGUAAGCGGUUGACAGAAACCUUGGCGGAUGUUUCAGGGGAAACCAAUAUUAUACCUAUUAUAAGCAACUACACGCUAAAUACUAUAUGCGAAACUGCAAUGGGCACGAAAUUAUCGGAAGAAACGUCAGCAGCAGGUGUAUCUUACAAGAAUGCAAUACUGACACUCGGCCAAAUAUUUGCACAACGUUUCACUAAAGUGUAUCUAUUCAUACAUUUUCUAUAUAACUUAUCUUCGUUCAAGACCAUGCAGCAGAAGUAUAUAGAUAUAGUGCAAAAAUUCACAGCAGAUGUUAUUAUUAAUCGCAAGAAAACUUUCAAGAAAAAUGAUUUAGACAUGAGUUUAGCAGAAGCAGAAGACGAUGGUGUUUAUAAGAAAAGAAAGAGAGCUGCAUUUUUGGAUUUAUUACUGGCCGCUGAGAGUGAAGGAAAAAUUGACACAUCUGGCAUUCAGGAAGAGGUCGACACUUUCAUGUUUGAGGGUCAUGAUACAACGGCAGCUGGACUUACGUUUUUAACAUUGAUGCUAGCAAAUCACCAAGAUGCACAGCAAAAAGUUUAUGAAGAAAUGCAGGGUAUAUUUGGAGAUUCAACAAGAACAGCUACAACUGAUGAUCUAUCUCAAAUGAAAUAUUUGGAACUUUGUAUAAAAGAGACUUUAAGACUCUAUCCCCCAGUUCACUUCGUGGGAAGAGUUUUAAAUGAAACAGUUAAAUUAAGUAAUUACACGAUUCCAGCUGGCACUGAGUGUUUAAUACAUAUAUUUGAUCUACAUCGCAGCGAAAGUUUAUAUAAAAAUGCAACGGCUUUUGAGCCUGAAAGAUUUUUACCUGAAAACAGUGUUGAUAGACAUCCAUAUGCUUACAUACCCUUCAGUGCUGGACCUAGAAAUUGUAUAGGUAAAAAAUUUGCAAUGAUGGAAAUGAAAUCAGCAAUGUCAGCGGUGAUUCGGCAAUACAAACUCGAACCGAUAACCAAACCAGAGGAAGUUCGAUUCGCCGGUGAUCUUAUUCUAAGAUCUAUCGAUCCUAUUUACGUGAAGAUAGUUAAAAGAUCUUAA